UUUUUUUUUUUACAUCCCUGACUUCAUUUCUGAGCAACUUUUCAAUCCCGAUUUCUUUCGAAUGCAGCGCCCUGCUCGCUGUAGCAAGAGCAGCAGCAGCACUCUACUUGUGCCAUUAGUGGUUUGCGUACUCUCCCUGCCAUUAUCGCUCCUCGUCACCCCAGCGUCAUGCGAGCCGUUCGUCAAUGGCUGCUGGAACGCGAGCUGUCCCGGUGUGAACUACGACCCAAACACGCCGCUCGUCCUCUGCUCCAACCUACCUGUGGCGUUUCUCAGAUGCGACCCUCCGCUGGACUUGUCUGAGCACCCUGAGCGCGUCGCUGAGCUUGGCUAUGGCUGCGCUGCAUUUGGCACUGUCGGCGACUAUGACUCGGCGCCGCGCACGUCCGUCCUAUGCCGCGUGUUUGAUGGAAUCGAGUGCUAUGGGCCGCGCAAUUUUACAACAGGAAAUGUCCCAUGUAUCACAUAUGGAUCAUACAGCUUCCCAACCAUCUUCAUCUACUCUCUGCUAUUCGGCGUCUUUGGAGUGGAUCGCCUAAGUCUCGGACACGUCGGAACUGGCAUUGCCAAGCUUUUGACGUUAGGCGGCUUUGGCGUUUGGUGGAUUGUCGAUCUCGUCCUGCUCGCAACAGGGCACCUCACGCCUGCCGAUGGCUCUUGCUGGGAGCGCUGGCGAUGAUUUCGUGUGAUUGUUGUUGUUAUUGUUAAGUCACAAAUUGUACAUUAAACGGAAGUUUGGAAUCCCAAACAUGCAGCAGCAGCAGC